AUGCGAAAGGGACGCAGCGGCGGGACGUCGUCCUCAUCAGGGACGAGCAAGGGUAUUACGAAGGCGUUCACCUUCUGGCAAGACCGCGAAAUACACUUUGACGCUGCAACGCCGGUGCUGAAGCUGCGCGAGAACACCGAGCAUGUCUACGCCACGUUCGAUAAUGUAGAAGAUACGAAGGGCAACAACGGAUGUCCCGGCACGCUGCUGGUGACCAAUCUGCGGCUGAUCUGGCGGUGCAAGCAGCGGCCAAACGUGAACCUCAGCAUCGGUUACUACUGCGUGCAUAAGCUUACAGUGCAGGAGGCGGAGUCGAAACUGGCCGGCAGAAUGACGGAGUGCAUCACGCUUGGUUCCAAGUGCGGCGCUAGCCGCUUUCAAUUUAUCUUCUCUGUGGCACACGACGUCGGUGACAUUGGCAGCGGCUCGGCCGCGAGCACGAGCACGAGCGGCGGCGCCGCUGCUCAAAGAGACUGUGAGAACCGCUCUCGUCGGCGGCCAAGCAAGGGCACGGGGGGCCACCAACGUCUGUAUGCCACCAUUCGCGCUGUCUGGAACGCGUACGAGAGCACGCGAGUGUACCGUGAGCUCCGCGUGCGUAGCGCGGUGGUGCAGCACGGUAACCUUAUCCUCCUCGACGGCGAGAACGUCAUUUCCCGCACCAGCGGCGUAAGCAGCGUCAGCAAGGACGAAGGCCACCUCGGCACCUUCAUCGUGACGAAUAUCCGCGUUGUGUGGUUUGCGGCGGCAGAGUUCUUUAACGUGUCCGUGCCGUAUCUGCAGUUCGUCGGCCUGCGCUCACAGAUGAGCAAGUUCGGGCAGGCGCUGGUGAUCGAGACGUCCAGCUACGCCAGCAACUUUGUGCUGGGAUUCCGUGUUGACCCGGAGGAGAAGCUGAAUGAGAUGUACGCGGAAAUCAGCUCGCUGUGGCGCACCUGGACGGCGCGGCCGCUGCUCGGCAUGAAGGUGGAGCUGCACGACGACACAGCCAAAGCGAUGGUGCCAGAGUCUCUCGGCGUGGGGGGAGGGGGCCCCGGCGGCAAGAGCGGGAGCGCAGAGCACCCUCACAGUGGCAGAAUACCCGGCGCCGCCGGCGAUGCGCAGCAUGAGCGGCAGAUGGAGGGACAGAGCGUUCUGCAGGAGGCCCCGACAGACGCGCUGGCGGCCUACUACGCUGCUGGUGGCCGGAAAGGAGAGGAUCGGCGCCCCGUAUACGAGCCAUCUAUCGGCCUCGCCGUAGAGAAGCUGCGCAAGGGAACCACUAUCCAAAGUCUCUGGGACACUUCCAUGUCGUCCUGA